AUGUCCCCUCCCCUCUCCGGCCACUGGCAACCAAUCCCCCACUUCCCCAACGUCUAUUACGGCUCCAACUGCGUCUCCAACAAUCUCCUCUCCUGCCUCCCCACCUCCACCUCCAAAGCCAUCAUCAUCACCGGCAACAGCCUGGCAACCCGCACCCCGUUAGUCCAACAACUCCAAACCCUCCUCACUCCCACCCACCACGCCGCCACCAUCUCCACCAUAACCCAACACAACCCCUCCAACACCCUCGACGAUGCCCUAACUACCAUCUUAUCCCUCCACGCCACCGAUCCCACAAUCGAUACCCUCAUCUCCCUAGGCGGUGGCUCUCCAAUCGACUCGGCUAAGAUCCUCGCCCUGAGAUUCCACCAGCAUCAUAGUCCCGAAUCAUCGAGCCCCUACACUACUAUUCCACUUAAACCUCUCAAAUUAACUCAUCUGUCAAUACCAACUACACUCUCCGCCGCGGAAACUACCCCGGGCGGGGGAUUCACUACCUCAAAUGGGACGAAGCAAUCACUUAUGUCUCCGCAUAUGUCCAUAAAUACUAUUUUCUACGAUCCGGAUUAUGCGAAACAUACACCGCUGCACCUCUGGCUUACCACUGGUAUCCGUGCCCUCGAUCACACCAUUGAAGCUAUAUACCAUCCUACUGCUAGUGAAAUUCCCUGGAAAGUUCUGGCCCUUUGGGCUGUGAAAGAACUAUUUGAGUGCCUUCCCCUCGCUAAGGAAUCACAUCCGGAUAAUGACAGCGUAACUAUGAGGUUAAUGCUCGCUGCAUUCGCCAGUUCAGGUCUCAAAGGCGCGAGGGUGACUGGUGGUGGAUUGGGUCUGGGUAUGGGACUGAGUCAUUCUUUGGGGUAUGCACUAGGAAGUCCGUAUGGGAUUCCCCAUGGGGUUACGAGUUGUGUUACGUUGGGGAAGGUGGUGGGGAGGCAGGUGGCUAGGUUGUGUGAAGCUGUUGGGGGGGUGAGGACCGGGGAUGAGGAGGUUGAUGCGGGUAUUGUUGGGGAGAGGGUGGAGGGGCUGGUGGAGGGGUUGGGGCUGAGGGUGGGUUCGUUGAUGGAGUUGGGGGUUGGGAAUGGGGAGGUGGAGGUUAUUGCGAAGAGGGCGUUGAGGGGGGUGGGUGAGGGGGUGUUGUUUGAGAGGGUGAGGGAGUUGGUGGAGGAGAUGUUUUAG